CACAAAAACAGCAAAAAUUAGCUCUGCACAGGCAGCCAAUCAUCUUGUGAGAUUCGUCAAGAAAGGAGUCAGCCUCACUACUUUCCUGGAGAAAGCUAACACCAGGCAGCCCUUCCUUCUCUGCAUUGGUGAGCAAAAGAAGAACAUUCAGAGGUUCUUCAUCAUUGUGGACCAGAAAGCUAUCCCCUGUGAUGCUCCAACUUCAGCAGCUGCUUUUGAUGGGCUUUUCAAAGCACACUUUGUCUUCAGGCUCUCAUAUGAUGAAGCUCUUUCCAGUUUCUACACCUUCAUUCAAACCACAAUCUACAACAUUGAUGUUGGAAACACAAAAGAAAGCCCUCGAGUCAAGGAACUGAGAGCACGUCUGCUGCGAGACCGUUAAAUGCCCGCAAGGUCCACACGCUUUUAGGAGGAUUUAAAAAAAAAACUGUUUGACAAUGUUCAAAUGCUUUGUUUGUAAAAUGCACCAAAAAAAUUGUUCAGCUCUAUGUCAACAUUUAAAAUUUCAUCAUGGUUUAUAUCCAAACAAAAAUCUGCGUUUAAAAUGUGAAGAGCAGGGAUGUCUUUCAUCUUUUUGUACUUACAAUGGCUUUAGAAAACAUCUUCAUAAUGUACAUAGUCAUUAUCACGAUAAACAUGUAGGGACGGAACAGGAAGUUGCCCAACAAACACAUUCUCUAGGAGACUCUUUUUGUGAUCAACCAUCUACUUCUGCAUCUAUAUCACAGGUUCCCACUGUUAUUUCACAGGACUCGCUUGUUGGAAUGUGUGGAUCUGUUGUCGCUCACUUACAAGCUUCUGGUCUUACUGAAAGUGCUGUUCAAACAAUAAUUUGUUCUGUUGAGGAAGUUGUCAGGGAUGUUCAGAGUCAAGCAAGAGAAGUAGUACUCCAAACAUUUUCCCCUGAUAGUAAGGAAUCAGACAUUUACAAAAGAGUUGAGCACAAUUUAAACCAAUUGGAUAACCCCUUUUCAAAAUUUAACACUGAGAAAAAAAGACAGAAAUAUUAUGAUGAAAAAUGGGAAAUAGUUGAGCCUAAAGAAUUUGUACUUGGUGUAAGAUUGGAUACACGUAGACAUAGAACUACAGGGGUUUAUAGCGAAACACCUGUCAGAGACAAAUACAUGUAUGUGCCCAUUUUAGGUACGAUACAUUCAAUUUUCAAGAAUAAAGACAUUAGAGAAUGCUUCUUGCAUGAGAAACAAACACAAGCUGGGUUAUACAAAGACAUUAAUGAUGGAUUAUAUUUCCAAAACCAUCCUCUGUUUUCACAACAGAAAUAUGCUCUACAGAUUUUACUGUAUUAUGAUGAUUUUGAAACUGCUAACCCAUUAGGUUCGAAGAAAGGGAUCCACAAACUGGGCUGUAUUUAUUUCACUUUAAAAAAUCUCCCACCAAAGGUUAACUCUGUGCUGAUGAAUGUACAUCUAGCUGCUCUUUUCUACACAGAAGACUUAAAGAAAUAUGGUUUUGAAGAAAUACUAAAGCCUUUGAUUGAUGACUUGAAAAUUUUAGAAAUUAAAGGAAUCCUGCUUCCCUUUACUGAAGAGCCAGUGUUUGGUUCUGUUGUUCAAGUUACAGGAGACAAUCUUGCUUUAAAUGGCUUACUAGGUUUUGUUGAAUCGUUUAGUGCAACAAACUGGUGCAGGUUUUGUUUAGUAAACAAGGAAGAAAUUCAGUCUGUGUUUAAUGAAGACAGUUCAGACAUUGUUCUGCGCUCCAGAGAACUUCAUAUUGAACACUGUAAUGCAUUAAGUGAAGACCCUGCUCUCACUUCCGUUUACGGAGUUAAAAGAUCUUGUGUGCUCAAUUCAUUGGAAUAUUUUCACAGCACUGACAAUUAUGCAGUUGAUAUAAUGCACGAUUUAUUGGAAGGAGUUGUGCAGUAUGAGCUCAAACUUUUUUUUCAAUACAUGAUCAAAAAUGGCUACAUCUCCAGUAGCACAUUACUUGACAGGAUACAGACGUUUAAUUAUGGUUUUGUAGAGCGUAAAAAUAAACCAAGUGGGUUAAAAAUAGAUGAUAACAGCAAACACUUAGGUUUAAAUGCCAUUCAGUCAUUAUGUAUCCUACGCAAUACUCCACUAAUUUUUGGAGACAUAGUUGAGCGGGACAAUAGCCACUGGAAUUUUGUUCUCCUGUUGUUGCAAAUUGUUGAUAUUGUGUUGUCCCCAGUCCUUACUGAUGGCAUGAUAUGUUACUUGAAACAUCUGAUCUGUGAUCACCAUAACAUGUUUAAAAACUUAUUCCCUGGUAGAAAAUUAAUUCCUAAACACCACCUAAUGAUUCACUAUCCAAGGUGUAUUAAGAAAAUUGGCCCUCUUAUCCACAUAUGGUGUAUGCGUUUCGAAGCAAAACACAUUUUUUUUUAAAAGAGCUGUCAAAAAUUUUAAAAACCUUACAAAAUCUCUAGUAAAGCAACAUCAGCGUCAAUUGGCCUUUUACUAUGAAAACUAUUGUUUUAAAAGAUUUCGGUUCGGUCCUUUAAAAUUAAAAAGAGUUGAUAGCAUGGAAGGUGGACAUUUGUUGUGCGAGUCAUUAAAUGUAGAUUCAUGUGCAAAUGUUUCAACUACAAAUUGGGUUAGAAAUUAUGGCACUGAAUACCAGGUUGGUUUGUUUUUAUGCACUGGAAUGUCCAGUGAUCUACCAGUCUUUAAGAAAAUUUGCUAUAUCAUAAUACAUGAACAACAUGCAGUCAUAAUAGGCUGUAGUGUCAACACCUUGUACUUUGAUGAACACUUUCAUGCAUACUGUAUUGAAGAAAAAAGUAAUGAGCAUGCUGUUAUUUCAAUUGACCAGCUCACCUAUGUUAGACCCUUUGACAAGCAAUAUUCUAAUGAAAAUGAGAACAUAUACAUUAUUCCAUAUUGUUACAUGUUUUAGAAAAUUUUUUGAAGUUGUGGUGCAUAUAAAAAUAAAUCUUUUUCAGAAGAA